UGAAAGGUGGAACAAUAACGUGAAAAUCUUAUUAGAUUUUGCUUUGUCAAUAAGUUUCUAUAGCAGAGGUUUCAUAUUUUACUUUACUGAAAGGUUUCAUAGUGCACAGCGAACACAUCAAAAUAAAAUACAAUAGGUGUUUAAUUGAAGAAAUAAGAGUAAUAGUUGUUGAAAAUGGAUCCUGGAAUCCUUUGUUUCCACCAUUGUGAUCACAAAGUAUUUUGUACAAUUAUCCCAGAACAGUGCCCAGUGUGUAAACAAAAUUUGGAUAGAUAUGACUACAAUCUAUUGCCUUUCAGGGUACCUUAUCCUUUUGUGAAAGCGUCCCAGCAUCCUCGUGCAAUUGUAAUGAAACCUACACACGGUGACUUUUUAAACGAUUAUUAUAAUUCCAAAGACUUGCAUAUAGGCGUGACCAAUUCCCAUGGUUGUGUAGUAGAGUUUAGUGAAAAAGGAAUACGAGGGGUUGAUAACGCUGUGAAACAAUGGAGUGAUUUUGACACGAGUGCUGAUUGGGACCAAUGUCUUCUAUUGGAACAAUUUGAUGAACUUUGGAAUGAAAUAUGGGACAGUGUUCUUUUAAAGGUGAGUCUGAGUCCAUUCUGGCAGGCAGACAAAUAUAAUGAAGAGAGACACAACUGCUUCACCUUUGUGCUAACAUUCCUGAGAGCUCUUGACUGCGGGGAGCUUUCAGAGAAAGCCCAUGACCCCAAACUCUUCUGUAAGCAGUAUGUGGUGCCAAGAACAUCAGCGGCUGGAAAGUAUAUUUCGUUAUAUAGACAGCUUAAGAGGCAGAAUUAUUUCAUACAGAACCAAUGAUAGCCUAUGAGUAUCUUUUAAUCUAUGUAUUUAUUUAGCACAUAUUCAGUAUUAACUGUGAUGUUUUUAUAUUUAGAUAUAAGAUUUGUUAAAUUAAAACGCAUUUACUGUAGACCAAACGAAUUUUUUCUUUUUUUUAAUCAUUUAAUAGUAAUGAUUUAUUUUUGUUCUUUUUGCUUGGAAAAAAGAUCUCAAAUGUGAGAAUGUUAUUUGGAAUUGAUUACAGGUGUUAAUUUAAGAAAAUGUAUUCUAUAUGUUAUCAAUUCAGUCAAGUAUUUUAGAAAGGAUUUGAAAAUUUUUCAUCUGGGAUUUAAACAGAUGUCAGUAAAGGAGUGGGCUCAGCUUGUUUUUUAAAAAUCUUAAAUAUUUAUAAUUUUCAAGGGUCUCAGACUAUUUAUAUACAUGAUUAAUUUAUUUAUUUAUCUCAUCAGUGUUCAAUAGAAUUAAUGUCUUGCCAGUUAUGCUGUAGUCAUAGAUACUAUUAAUAUAUAAUAAAAACUUAUUUGUAAAGGAAAAUGAUUCUUCACUCAAACACAAUAACUAACUGGGAUUAACAUAUCUUAAACUUUUGUACUUUUUUAGUGAAUAUCUAAAUUGUAGUUAAUGUUCAAUUAGCCAUUCUAUAUAUUUACAUGUGGUUCAUUGAAAACGAUGUGUCAUUCUUCUAAAUGACGUGCUAGUAUUGCUGUGUUUCUUACUAACAGAUUGAGUCUUUGUAAACCUACAUCAAAUGAAAGAAAAGAAAACAAUACAUACUAUAUAUGUAUGCAUUGCGAACAUGAUUGAGAUGUAAUAUGCUCUAGUACUAUUCUCUGUUAAAAACUAUUCACAUGACAUUCAAAAAUUUAAGUACUAGCUUUACCGAACUUUUGUAAGGUGGCACUAUUGUAUUUACAACUGUUCCCAGACAAUCUUCUACCUAAAUAGCAGCAGCUUGCCCUGGUAGCUGGUUUUGCCGAUAUCCAUAAGCAACAGUGACCAUGACCAUGAUGGUUUUGGAAAGUUCUUGUUUGUUUCUUCUAAGUAUACUGAUGCAUUCAGAUUGUGAUUUCCAUGGGCACCGCUAGCCACUUAAUGCUAGGCGGGCUAAGAGAGAUUGAUACAUUUUUAUCUUUAAAAAAUUAAUCUGAUAAUAUGUAUAAAAUAUUAUUAUGAAGCAAUAUGUUCAAAUUUAAAUAUCUAAAAAUAAUUGUCGUGAUUUAAUAGUGGAUAUGUUAUGUAUAAUUAUAUGAUCACUGUAGUAAUUUCAAUAUUAAUCUUAUGCCGACUAAUUGAGACUAUGGCGUGAAUGUCAAUGUGAAUAGAAUUCAGUGUUAGAAUUGCUUCAUUGUGAAUUGUUUGACCUUUACUCCUGCGCCAUUCCAAAACUUUAUGUAUUGGCCUCUCUAAUAAUAUUACCUACUUACCUUGCGGUCUUCAGAAUCUAUUGCUUAAUAUUAUACCAUUAAGGAACUAAAGGAGUUGUGUUUGAAAUGUUGAAAAGCCAGUAUCUAUAGUUUGUUUAUAUCCUCAACAUUACAUUUUGCAGCAAUAAAUUGAUGACACAUCAAGUUUUGCAACAUUUAAUAUCGUCUCACUAUAGAUACGAGCAUCGGUUCCUAUUCUUAUAACUGAGACUUCAACUUUAAGAACAUUAGAAAUGGAUCUCGAAGACAUUUUUAGGUGCUAUGUGUCUAAAUAAAGUAUUU